CCCCUCAGGUGCCCUCGCGCCCCAUCGGGCCGCCAUGGCCACCCCGCCCAAGCGCGGGCGGCACGACCGCCGCGUCAAGAAGUGCGCCGUGGAGGGGCAACAUCGCUGCAGGGAAAUCCACCUUUGUGAGUCUUCUGAAACAAGCCAAUGAGGAGUGGGAAGUGGUUCCCGAGCCCAUAGCUAGAUGGUGCAAUGUCCAGCAAAACUCUGGAAAUGAUUGUGAGGAGCUGAGCACGUCCCAGAAGAACGGCGGGAAUGUGCUGCGGAUGAUGUACGAGAAGCCGGAGAGGUGGGCCUUCACCUUCCAGACCUACGCGUGUCUCAGCAGGAUCCGGGCCCAGCUCGGCGUCCUCGAGGGCAAACUCCAGGACGUGGAGAAUCCCGUGGUCUUCUUCGAGCGGUCUGUCUACAGCGACAGGUACAUCUUUGCAGCUAAUUUGUACGAGUCUGAUUGCAUGAACGAGACUGAGUGGACUAUUUACCAAGACUGGCACAACUGGAUGAAUGAGCAGUUUGGUUCGAAGCUGGCGCUGGAUGGGAUCAUUUAUCUCAGAGCCACUCCUGAGAAAUGCCUGAAUAGGAUUUUCGUGCGAGGAAGAGACGAGGAACAAGAAAUCCCCAUCGAGUAUCUGGAGAAGCUUCACUACAAACACGAAAGUUGGCUCCAGCAUAGGACACUGCGAACAGAUUUUGACUAUCUGCAGGAAAUUCCAAUUUUGACGCUAGAUGUUAAUGAAGAUUUCAAAGGCAAAAAGGACAGAUACGACCAUAUGAUCGAAAAGGUCAAAGAAUUUUUGAGCACAUUAUAAUCCUCUUUGAAGUGCAGACAGAGCCAAACCAUUCCAAACAUCUGUGCGAUCAAAGUCUCAAGUGCAGCUUCUGCUUUUAUAGAGGGCCUCUGGAGAGGCAGGACUCAAUCCUGGUGAUUUGACUGUGAGGAACAAAUAAACUUUGUGAAUAGGGAAAUUACUAAAUAAAUCACUAUGUCUGUUCA